UGGUCAACUAGCAACACUGUGCUUAGGCCUAUGUGAGACCAUUUUAAAUAUCGAGUUGGCCCCGGUUUUCCACCGUUUUUGCACACUGGUUUCACAGCCUUUGUAUCACGUUGAAGUAAACAACUGAAUAACAAGUUCAACUGAGGGUGCAAAUUGAAGAGUAAACUCUCUUCUUGUUGAUACAAUGUCUUUACGUCGGAGCAAUCUCCCUGCACUUCGUGCACCAUAUGAUACAACCCAUGAGUACAAUGCAAUAUCAGUUGGAAGUCCAAGGGCUGUUCAAGAAAUUGUGCCUGUACCUAUAAGAAGUGACAUACCUUCUCGUGUUGACAAUUUGGAAGAAAGGAUUUCAAUGCAAGAGCGAAAUACACAGGCCCUUAUUGAUCGAGCCUUCAAGAUCAAGGAGGAUGUUAUUGACAGUCUCAAUUUCACUCAAGGAACGUGGAAUGAGGAGAAGCAAGCCAGAGGACUGCUUCAAGAACAUAUUCGUACUAUCACUGCUGUUGUUAACAAACUUAAUGGAGAUAUUGCGGCUCUUGAAAAUUCCAUAAAAUCCAGAGACACAGCGCACGUUGGAACCAAUAAUGCAGUGAAAAAUCUUGAAGUUCAUCAUGUCCAGUCCCUUACAGAUCUGCGUGGUAGAAUUGUCCGAUGUGACAGUUCCAUCUCUAAGUUAAGUUCUGAUGUCAGGUCUUGCUUUGAAUCCAUUAAACAACUGUCUCACCAGCAGCAGGAGAUUCAGUCAAGAGUAAUGGAUCGUAUGCAUGGCCUAGAGGCUCAGCUUGUUACUUUAAACAGUAACAUUGAGCGCAGUAAUGGUGAAAGCAGAAUGAAACUCUCACAUCUGGAGGGUGAUACCAACACCCAAAUGUCAAUGAUUGAUGCAAAAACAAAGCAACUUAUUGAUGAAGUGAGAGCAAGUGUGAUUUCUGCACAAUCAUCGUUGGAAGCAGAACGAGAAAGAUCUGAGCAAAGACUUUUGGCAUUAAUAGAAAAGGCUGAAGGGAAUCUGGAAUUGUCUUCU